ACUGAGUUCUGACACAUCAAAUGAGUCAGCCACGAGCCCGGCAAGUUGUAGUACAAAUAUCUCAGAGUGCAUCAAGGUUAUGCAAAAUUUAUUAACAAUUACUUAAAUAAUAUAUUGACAAACAACAAUGGCUGAUGUUAAACAAGAACACAAACCUGAAGAUGGUGAAAAUUAUCCCAUCAGCAACAACACAGAUCCAAAAAAUAUGCAAGAAUUAACACAAUUUGUUCAAACAUUGCUCCAAGGAAUGCAAGAUAAAUUUCAGUCAAUGUCUGAUCAAAUAAUCGGAAGAAUAGAUGAAAUGGGCAAUCGAAUUGAUGAUCUUGAAAAAAAUAUUGCUGACUUGAUGACCCAGGCUGGUGUUGAAGGAACUGACAAAUGAAUACCAUCCAAAAAUAAAAAUAUAUAUCACAGUAAUCACAAUUAAAUUAUCAAUUAAAAUACUAACACUAAUUAAAAAUAAUAAAGUUUUUUUUUUUCAUUAUAUUUUUCUUAUUUAUGCAAUGAUUUUAUUGUUAUUUAUUAUUUUUUAAUUAUGAAUAAAUUAUUACCUGAUUCAGGAGAUAAAGGAUAUUGUUUUAAUUGUGCUUGAUGUUAAUAAUUUUUGUAAUGGUGCAAUGACAGGUACUGG